AUGGAUGAUUAUAUGGAAUAUCCCACGGUGGAUGAUUACAAGAUAUCACAAAAUUUUUCAAUCAUUCACUGUUACAACGGAAACAUGGGUGGGCACCCGUACAUGGGGGAAAUAUAUUCUGAGAAAAUAGGUGAUUCAGGUGUAAUCCAAAGCAUUGCCAACAGCAUAAUUAUCAUCAUUUGUAUGUUUGGCUUCCUGGGGAAUGGAAUGGUCAUCCGGCUUCUGGGCUUCCACAUUAAGAGGAAUCCUUUCACCACCUACAUCCUGAACCUCUCCAUCGCUGACUUUGGUGUCCUUGCAACUCUCCUGACUAUUAAUUUGCCUGUUGUAACUCUCUAUGAGAAAUCCCAUGUCGCUGUUUUAAUAAGAAAAGUAUUAUUUGAACUAUUUUUCUUCACAUAUUCUGUGGGCCAGUUUCUACUGACAGCCAUCAGCAUCGACAGGUCUGUGGCUGUCCUCUUCCCACUUUGGCAUCGAUGCCACCGACCACCACGUUUAUCCACCAUUGUCUGUACCCUGAUUUGGACCCUCUCUUUCCUGCUCUCAGGCAUUCACUUUACUCUCCUUCUGACUCAGAGCUAUACAAACCCUUACCUAGUGUACCAGCUUAUUGUAAAUGCCCUCAUUUGCACUCCUCUGAUGGUCACCUCCACUCUGAUACUGGCCCUCAAAGUCUGCUGCAAAUCAGAGCAUAAGCAGCGUGGGAAGCUGCUCACCACCAUUUUGCUUGCACUUCUUUUCUUCCUCAUCUUUGCUUUCCCACUAAAUGCCAUUUACACUGCCAUCUAUUUCAAUGAGAACAAUAUGAUUCUAUUGGAAGUUGGCUUUGUGUGUGCCUGUCUGAAUAGUAGUGUCAACCCGCUGAUCUAUUUUUUAGUUGGGAGGAGACAGAAGAAGGGCCAGUCUAGGGUCUCCAUGAAAGUUGCACUCCAGAGGAUUUUCAAGGAUGAGGAAGAAUCAGCAUCCAAAACUGAAAACUUGGUUAUGAUAGCAACUUAAUGCCUUAAGGCAGGACUGGCCAAUUCUUUAUUAUCAUAAGCACAAUAAUGUACAGAGAGUAGUCUGUGGUGUGAAUGACUUCUUUUAAUGUCUUUCUAU